UGUUUUGAAGGUAUGGGAUAUAGGUUAUUAUGCUUUACGGACAUAAUAUUAUUUUUCUGAACGAAAUUCAAAUGUAGAUUAGUAAGAUGAGUAAUUUCGAGCCCAAAAGGGAUUUAUGAUUUAUCCAAACAAGUAUCAAUAUUUAUUACCCCUAUAAAUAAUCCAACCCCAUCUUCAAUAACCAAAGCUCUCUACUCUGUUUCGCCCAUUAUCUUCAAAGAUAUCAAAACUUCUGCUUUUGGCUGUUGUUAUCACCAUACCCUCAUUCAUUACUCCCUUUAUUCUGAUCUUCAUUUCUCAAAAUCAAGCCAAUCAGCUAAAUCCAAUCAUCCUCCUAGAACAGGGAAAUUGUUUUUUUUUUUUUUUGUGUCCCAAUGGAUCAGCCCAGAUUCGUCAUUUCUGCGGCUGAGGCUGAAUCAAUGGCUCAAUCAUUAGGCCUUCCAUCCGUUCUCCACCUCCUCCCGGCCUUGGUACAGCCAGCCCAGGAACUCGCCCGCCCUCCAAUCUCCAACUACCACGUUGGCGCCGUCGGCCUCGGCUCCGACGGCCGCGUUUUCCUCGGUGUCAACCUCGAGUUCCCGGGUUUUCCUCUCAACCAAUCCGUCCACGCCGAACAAUUCCUCCUCACCAAUCUCGCCGUCCACCGAUGCCCCGGAAUUGUUGCCUUGGCGGUCUCCGCCGCACCCUGCGGCCACUGCCGCCAGUUCUUACAAGAACUCCGCAAUUCAUCCUCCCUCCAACUCCUCAUCACAUCCGAACACCCGAAUCUAUCUCCAUCGGCUCUUAAUCAAAAUCUAGAGAAUUCUCUUCCUUUUAAGCCCUUAUCUGAAUUUCUGACCAGCCCAUUUGGCCCUAGUGAUCUGCUCGCUGAAGAUUCUCCGUUGCUGCUUGAGACUCAUCAGAAUGGAUUGUCUUUAAUAGGUGGAGAAGAUGAUAUCCAUCAAUCCGCAGAGAAUCACGCAAUUUCACGCAAUGGGGUCACAAAAGGAUUCGAUCUUGAUGGGGAACAUAAGAAUCUGAGUAACGGGUUUUGUCAUGAUUCUGGAAAAAAGGAUGCCCUUUUAAGAAUUGCAGCACUGGAGGCUGCCAACCUUUCACAUGCGCCGUACAGCAAUUGCCCUUCAGGUGUUGCAUUGAUGGAUUGUGAAGGAAAGGUGUACCGAGGCUCUUAUAUUGAAUCCGCCGCUUAUAAUCCCAGUUUGCCGCCGGUUCAGGCGGCGUUGGUUGGAUAUAUAGCUGGAGGAGGUGGCGGAUAUGAGAGGAUUGUGGCUGCAGUUUUGGUGGAAAAGGUGGGUGCAAAGGUCACUCAUGAAGAUAUUGCAAGGUUGUUUGUGAAGAAGAUUUCGCCUAAAUGUGAAUUCAGAGUGUUUCAUUGUCACUCGAUUUAAGACCGCUGUGAAUAAAACUGUUUGCGAUUCUGUAGAUCAUAUGUUCCCCAAAUCUCAGCUGGAAUGGAAAUAUUUACUCAAUAAUAGUGAAGUUGUUCAUUUUCUCUAGCUGAGUUACUAUUCUUAACAAAGUCCUUUGUUGUGUUGAAAAUUAGACUUAAAAAUCUUCAUCCGGUAUAACCAUUACUUUCUGCUUGUGGAAGCUUUGAUGCCUGUUAGAUCACCGGGUAUGACUUGAAGAUAUGAAGAAUGGGAUAUGUUGAUCUCUCAUUCUGCUUAUUCAGAAGUAUUAUCUCAGAUCACAACUGGUGCAGGUUGACUGAAGCGUAACUUUUUUUUUAGAUGGGUUUUAUUGGCCUCUCAUUGUCAAUUUGAUCAAUUGUAUAUUCCAAUUUGUUUGCAUCAUUGGACCUAACCUUCUUACUGCUUUCUGAUUAUAGCUAUUGAGGUAGAUGGAUACCAAAUGUUGAAUUGUAGCAACUUUGGCCUUUUAAUCUUUCUUUCUUAAUAAUAUUUCACUUCUCCUUUUCUUCUCACUUUUUGAUGGGCUUUUGUUUGGAAGACAUUCUAAAUGGAUGACAAUCUCCCAUCAAGAUAAGUUUUAUAGUAGAUAUAUAAUCAUUGGUUGGUUAUAAAAGCC